UCUCUCUCUCUCUCUCUCUCUCUCUCUCUCCCUUGUCUCUCUAGAGUGCAGAGAGUAACAAUGGAGGUUUUCUACUACAUGGUGUUCGGGAUACUAGCGGCGGUGGUGGCCGCGGCGGAGCUCAGCAAGAGCAACAAAGACCGAAUCAACACCCCGUCCACUUUCAACGUCUUCAAGAACAAUUACCUUUUCGUUUACUCUCUCAUGAUGGCUGGGGACUGGUUGCAGGGUCCUUAUGUCUACUACCUGUACAGUACGUACGGAUACGGAAAAGGCGACAUCGGACAGCUUUUCAUUGCUGGUUUCGGGUCCUCCAUGUUGUUUGGAACAAUUGUUGGAUCUCUGGCAGACAAACAGGGCCGAAAGAGGGCGUGCAUCACUUAUUGUAUAACUUACAUACUGAGCUGCAUCACCAAGCAUUCUCCUCAGUACAAAGUUUUGAUGUUGGGGCGUAUUUUGGGCGGUAUUGCCACAUCACUUCUAUUUUCAGCAUUUGAAUCAUGGCUUGUUGCAGAACACAACAAGAGAGGUUUUGAACAACAGUGGCUGUCAAUUACAUUCUCAAAGGCAAUAUUUCUUGGCAAUGGUGUUGUUGCUAUCUUGGCUGGGUUGCUUGGAAAUACGCUGGUUGAUGCACUGGCUCUUGGGCCUGUGGCACCCUUCGAUGCUGCUUCAUGCUUUCUCACAAUUGGAAUGUUUGUGAUUUUGUGCACAUGGACAGAGAAUUAUGGAGAUCCUUCGGAGAGCAAGGACUUGUUUACCCAGUUCCGGGGUGCUGCUGUUGCCAUUGCUUCUGAUGAGAAAAUCGCGUUACUGGGUGCCAUACAGUCUCUGUUUGAAGGUUCUAUGUAUACAUUUGUGUUCCUCUGGACUCCUGCUCUGAGCCCCAAUGACGAGGACAUUCCACAUGGUUUUAUUUUUGCCACUUUCAUGUUGUCUUCAAUGCUUGGAAGCUCCCUUGCAUCCCGGUUGAUGGCUCGACAAUCACCUAGGGUCGAGAGCUAUAUGCAGAUUGUCUUUGCCAUCUCAGCUGCCUCUCUCCUGCUUCCCAUUGUGACCAGUUUCUUGGUAGCACCUUCCACUGUGAAAGGAGGGAGCAUCUCUUUUGCUGGUUGUAUCCAGCUUCUUGGAUUCUGUGCCUUUGAGGCUUGUGUAGGACUAUUCUGGCCGUCCAUCAUGAAGAUGAGAUCUCAGUACAUCCCCGAGGAGGCCAGGAGCACCAUCAUGAACUUCUUCCGCAUUCCUCUCAACAUUUUUGUCUGCGUUGUGCUGUAUAAUGUUGAUGCGUUUCCAAUGACAGUUAUGUUUGGUAUGUGCUCGAUCUUCCUCUUCGUAGCAUGUCUCUUGCAGAGGCGCCUCAUGGCGAUUUCAGACAAGCCCAAGACUGAAGAUUGGGUAUCAAUGAAGGAGAGGGACGGCGAGGCAGAGCCGUUAAACAUAUAAUCGACGCUGAGCUGACAGACCACCGGACUUUUGAAAGGUCGAAGACAACGAGCUCAUCCGUUCAACAUACUAGUAAAGAUCCUGUUAACUAAGGGUAUGUUCAAUUUCGAAACGGUAUGGAUGGAAAAUGUGGGAGGAAAACAGUGGUCUGCCCAGCAAAGAUGCGAACCGAAGAAGAUCCGGUUGAACGUCAGUGAAUUAGUUUAUUGCCAAGUUUUCGGGGAAGGAAAAAUCAUCUCUUCUUGUAAUGCCAUCGUUAUUCUUUUACAUUAUCCAAUAGCCUCUCUCUCUCUCUCUCUCUCUCACUCUCUCACACACACACACACACACACAUUUUUCUUCAUUGACAUUGAAGUGUACCUACGAUUACUUAAUGCAAUUUUGUUUUAUCA